AUGGAGACUGUGUCCGCCCAUUCUCUCCUAAGCUCUGGGGAACCGUUUGUCCCCUUUUCCGAGUACACGGUUCACGAUCUCGAUAACUUGUCGGACGACCAGACCCUCGAAUGGAUAGAUCGCAAACUACAAGAAGGAAAACCAUUUGUAAUUCGCGGAUUCGACACAGACAGCAGGUGGAAUACUUCGAUCCUGAACAACGCGACCUUAGGCGCUCUAUCAGCCUCAAAGGCGAUUCCGGUCAGAAACUGCUCUACUGGGCGAGAUGUUAAGCUGCGAUUGCAGGACAUCUUGUACCAAAAUGAGCCCGAUUUUAGGAACGCGCUUCCAAGUCUUUACGCCAAGGACCUGCAAUGUCCCAAAGAUUGGAUUCGUGCACUAGACUCUGUCUUGCCACCGGCUUUGAGGCAUUUGGGCACUCUUGACUUGUUUCGAGUCCUACCGAAAGACAUUGUCCCGGAGGUUCUGAUGGCAUAUGUCGGAACUCAAAGUUCGUUCUCCGGCUUCCACCGUUGCUUUAGCGGAACGGCCGCUCUGAACCUUCUUAUUUCAUCUCAACGGAGUGGGCGUGGGUCGAUAUGUUUUGGAACGGAUAGACAUGCACAAUCGCAUUAUGACGCUUUCAUGGAGGAGAUGGGGAAAUCACCUCACACGGACUGGGUGAACGUCACGAUCACUCCUUUGAGUCGUGCAAAAUUCCCCAUUUAUGUUACUGACCAAUUCCCUGGAGACCUGGUUGUCUUUCCUCCUGCCACUGCGCAUCAGGUUUGGAAUGUCAAUCCACUGGUUACAAAAGUGGUGUGGAACAUAAUGCACAGUUCCUCGCUCACCUACUUUUUUGACUAUGUCCAGCCUGUUUAUCAACAUCUAUGCCACGCGGAUACGGGCCGGGUGCCCCUCAUCCCCGUACAUGCGUUGGACAGUGGCUCUUGUCGGCCAGAGGAGAAUGCUCUUCUUUUGACUCUCUUUCAGAAUAUGAUCGAGGACGAGGAGAUCGAGAAUGAAUCAGAUGUACAAGUGAAGCUUGUCGACACUCAAGGUGCGGUGGUCGAAUGCAAUUUUUGCGGCUUGACGAUCUGGAAUCGUCAUCUGCAUUGUGAGCAGUGUGGAGACUUUGACCUAUGUCUCAAGUGCUUCGUGUCUGGACGAAGCUGCAAACACUUAAGCAGUUAUGUGUGGGCCGAACUACUUCCGCGAGACUACUGCAACAAUGUCAUCACCAGUACCCGGAACAAGCUAAGCGGUGCACAGCAUACUUCAAAUCGUGCGCAAACAAAUCAGAAGUCAUUGGGAACAUUGGCCGCAGUAGCCGCACAUGCACGAAAGCAGUCUACGGAACGACUUUGCCAUCUAUGCCGUGAUAGUCACUCGGUGUGGAAGGGAAUGACAUGUUCUCGAUGUGAUGCCUUCUUCUGCUUUCGCGGACUCCAUAGACACUUUGAUGUUGACCUGAUCCCAUAUCUCAGAGAUACGGAUGCUUGGAUCUGCCCCAAGUGCUCACAGGUAUGCAACUGUCGAUGUUGCCACUUUGUUGAGCCGUAUCAAAGUAAAGACAAGCCUGUACGAGCCCGAGUAAAACCGGUAGACCAGCGAGGGCGCAUUACCGGCUUUGUCGACAACGUCUUCGACCAAAGAAGAGGCAAAAGAGCGGCUCAGAAUCUAUCUCCACAAACAGUCAAUACUCCACAGAGUUCCAAGCGAUUGAGGAUUCACGUCACAGAGAACACAAGUCAGUCCAGUCCGUCGAAUGAUGACUCUCGUGCUUCUAUCGACAUUCAAAGAGGUGAGCCAGCUCGACAAGCUAAGGCCUUGACCCCAGUGAGAGACAGCCAAGCAGAUCAGACGGAGCUAGCUUCUGUGCGAAAUCAAGUUACAAAAGGAAAGCUUCGGAUUAGUGAUCUCGUGGAAGACCGACGUUUAGAUGAAAGGCGACAGCUCCCGCGAGCCUGCUUAGACCCACACAGUUCCUCCAUCACGUCCUUCUCACCAGAAAACCAAACACCAUUAUCUUCUUCUUCCGGUGAUAUCAGCAUCUCUGCCCUCGAGAAAAAGCUGAACUCGUUACGCCAGUAUGCCGAGGAGUUGCUGGACCUAUCGCUUGUCGAUUCGCACGCGAAGCUACUCGAGAAGGUGGCCGAGAUGCAGAAGCAAGUGGAAGAACAGAAGCGACGAAAAGCUGAAGCUCUUUUCAGCAACCUGCAUCGAGAUUUUCCUGAUCUGGCAGAUAUAGCCCGUGAGGAGGCGCGACGACGAGGAUUCUAGAGGCAGCGCGCAAGUUCCGUGGUAAUUGCUGGGGGAUCGGCGACAGGCGGAAUUGGCUGUCCGUUUAGUUGAUCUUACCGAUAUAUUUCGAUUUUUAAUUUAGUGAAACAAGAUGCAAAUUAUAAAAAGGGCAAGAUUUGAAAUAAAGCACUCCGUAGACUAGUUCUCUUCAAGUAUUCGUGUCUUUUCAGACACG